AUGGAGGAUGAAGAAAACAUCGAGGAAGAACUUUUGCUGGUGGAGUCGCAACUCAAUGGACUACAAGACAAAAUCAAGACAUUACUUGAUCAGCAAGAAGAAUUGUAUGAGCGCCAAGCACAGUUGAAGGCUAUGCUGGAAAUAUCUAAAACUUCCAGAGAUGCAUCAAAUAGUGCCCCUUCAGUUGCUCUGGAAGAUUGGUCUGGAAAGUUCUCAUGGGAUUCUCAGGCUGAUGACACUCGAUUCAAUGUAUUUGGUAUUUCUUCCUACAGGUCAAAUCAACGAGAAAUAAUUAACUCAAUCAUGAGUGGAAAAGAUGUUCUGGUUAUAAUGGCUGCUGGUGGAGGGAAGAGUCUGUGUUAUCAACUUCCAGCUGUACUUCGUGAUGGAAUUACACUUGUCGUCAGUCCUUUGCUUUCGCUUAUUCAGGAUCAGGUCAUGGGACUGGCGGCUUUAGGUAUACCAGCUCACAUGUUGACUUCCACUACCAACAAGGAAAUCGAGAAGUUCAUUUAUAAGGCACUUGAAAAAGGUGAAGGGGAACUGAAGAUAUUGUAUGUGACACCUGAAAAGAUAUCCAAAAGUAAAAGGUUCAUGUCUAAGCUUGAGAAAUGCCAUCAUGCUGGGCGUCUUUCUCUUGUUGCAAUAGAUGAGGCACACUGCUGCAGCCAAUGGGGGCACGAUUUCCGUCCAGACUACAAGAAUCUGGGCAUAUUGAAGAUCCAGUUUCCCAGUGUUCCCAUGAUAGCUUUAACUGCAACUGCAACAAGUAAAGUGCAAAUGGAUCUGAUAGAGAUGCUUCAUAUCCCAAGAUCUGUCAAGUUUGUCAGCACUGUUAACAGGCCCAACCUUUUCUAUAGAGUAUAUGAAAAGUCAUCAGUUGGAAAGGUUGUUAUUGAUGAGAUUGCAAAUUUCAUAAGCGAAUCAUAUCCAAAUAACGAAUCCGGGAUAGUGUAUUGUUUUUCCAGGAAAGAAUGUGAACAGGUUGCCAAAGAAUUGCGUGGAAGGGGUAUUUCAGCAGAUUAUUAUCAUGCAGAUAUGGAUGUUGUUGCUCGUGAGAAAGUUCAUAUGCGUUGGAGUAAAAGCAAAUCACAGGUCAUUGUUGGAACAGUGGCUUUUGGAAUGGGAAUCAAUAAACCAGACGUCAGGUUUGUGGUUCAUCAUAGCCUUAGCAAAUCUAUGGAGACAUACUACCAGGAAAGUGGUCGGGCAGGGAGAGAUGGACUGCCUUCAGAAUGUGUUCUAUAUUAUCGGCCUGGUGACGUUCCCCGCCAAAGUUCGAUGGUCUUCUAUGAAAACUGUGGUCUGCAAAAUCUUUAUGACAUAGCGCGAUAUUGCCAGUCUAAGAAAAACUGCCGUCGUGGUGCUUUCUUUCAACAUUUUGGAGAGGCCGUGCAGGAAUGCAACGGAAUGUGUGACAACUGUGUUUCCAGUAUUGAGCUCAAGGACAUAGAUGCUACCUACCAUACAAAAAUCACUGUUUCACUUCUCCAAGAAAUGCAACAAAAUGACCAAAGAGCUACAUUGCUGCAGCUAGUGGAUAAGUUCAAAACAAAGUGGAAACAUUCAGCAGGUUGUUCAAAUGAAGCAGUUGAUCUUAAGAAGGAGGAAAUUGAGCAGCUGAUAGUUCAACUUAUACUUGACCGUGUUUUGAAAGAAGAAUUUCAGCAUACUGCAUAUACAACCAAUGCAUAUGUUGUCUUAGGACCACUGUGGAAGCCAGCAUUGCAAGGGAACAGACCGGUGAAGCUAACUAGUGCUAUUCACUCUCAAGAUAGUGGUGAUAGAUUCAAAAGUGCAAAGCGCAAUCAGAUGAGCAAUUUGGAAGCUAAAUUGGAUGACCUGCGUAGAACCAUCUCUUCUCGUAAUGGGGGCAUAUUCCCGCAUGCAGUUCUUUCCACGGAGCAAAUUUCCCUGCUAAACUGCCAUACUCCAACCACUAUUGCCGAGCUAGAAAAGCUGAUAGGGAAGGUAAAGACCGACAAGUACGGUAGCGACAUCAUUGAGGUGAUGUGGUCAGAAACUGGCAGUGGAAAGGACAGUGGUGAUGGAGCUAAGAGGCAAAAGAAAGAUAAGGGUGUUGUUUUCGUUGAGAGUGGCGAGGAGGAAGGCUAG